AGCGCCGUUCCCGCCGGCGGGGAGGGGGGGAGCGCGGGGGAUGCCUGGAGCGCUUCCGGUUCCGGCGGCGGCGCCCGCGUGAGCGCUCGGGAGCGGCGCGGGGGCCGCGCGCGCCAACCGGAACCGGAACCGGGACCCCGGACCGGAAAGGAGAACCGGAAACAGCCUCGGAAGGGCAGCGGGGCCGUAACCGGAGCGCCGCGACCGCCCGGCCUCCGCCAUGGCGCUCAUCUGCUCCAUUUCCAACGAGGUCCCGGAGCACCCGUGUGUGUCGCCGGUGUCCAACCACGUGUACGAGCGGCGGCUGAUCGAGAAGUACAUCGCGGAGAACGGCACCGACCCCGUCAACAACCAGCCGCUGUCCGAGGAGCAGCUCAUCGACAUCAAAGUCGCCCACCCGAUCCGGCCCAAGCCCCCCUCGGCCACCAGCAUCCCGGCCAUCCUGAAAGCCCUGCAGGACGAGUGGGACGCCGUGAUGCUGCACAGCUUCACGCUGCGCCAGCAGCUGCAGACCACGCGCCAGGAGCUGUCCCACGCCCUGUACCAGCACGAUGCCGCCUGCAGGGUCAUUGCCCGCCUCACCAAGGAGGUCACUGCCGCCAGAGAAGCUCUGGCCACGCUGAAGCCUCAGGCCGGGCUCAUCGUGCCCCAGGCGGUGCCGUCAGCGCAGCCCAACGUGGCCGGCGCUGGCGAGGCCAUGGAUCUGGGAGAGCUGGCGGGAAUGACGCCGGAGAUCAUCCAGAAGCUCCAAGACAAGGCCACGGUGCUGACCACGGAGCGUAAGAAGAGGGGCAAGACGGUCCCGGAGGAGCUGGUGAAGCCAGAGGAGCUCAGCAAGUACCGGCAGGUGGCCUCACACGUGGGGCUGCACAGUGCCAGCAUCCCAGGAAUUCUUGCCUUGGAUCUGUGUCCUUCCGACACCAACAAGAUCCUCACUGGUGGAGCCGACAAAAACGUCAUCGUGUUCGACAAGAGCUCGGAGCAGAUCCUGGCCACGCUCAAGGGCCACACCAAGAAAGUCACCAGCGUCGUCUUCCACCCAUCCCAGGACUUGGUGUUCUCGGCUUCUCCCGACGCCACGAUCCGGAUCUGGUCCGUUCCCAACGCCUCCUGUGUCCAGGUGGUCCGUGCCCAUGAGGGCUCCGUGACCGGGCUCAGCCUCCACGCCACGGGUGAUUACCUGCUCAGCUCCUCGGAUGACCAGUACUGGGCUUUCUCGGAUAUCCAGACAGGCCGUGUCCUCACCAAGGUGACGGAUGAGAGCUCUGGAUGUGCUCUCACCUGUGCCCAGUUCCACCCGGACGGGCUCAUUUUUGGGACGGGAACGAUGGAUUCCCAAAUCAAGAUCUGGGAUCUGAAGGAACGCACCAAUGUGGCCAACUUCCCUGGACACUCUGGCCCCAUCACCAGCAUCGCCUUUUCUGAGAACGGGUACUACCUGGCCACGGCAGCCGACGACUCCUCGGUCAAGCUGUGGGAUUUGAGGAAGCUCAAGAACUUCAAGACAUUGCAGUUGGAUAACAACUUUGAGGUGAAAUCCCUGAUUUUCGACCAGAGCGGGACCUAUCUGGCACUGGGCGGGACCGAUGUCCAGAUCUACAUCUGCAAGCAGUGGACAGAGAUCCUCCACUUCACAGAGCACAGUGGUCUGACCACAGGAGUGGCCUUUGGCCACCAUGCCAAGUUCAUCGCUUCCACAGGCAUGGAUCGGAGCCUCAAGUUCUACAGCCUGUAGCCCUGGAAGCGGGGCUGGCAUUUUUUGGGAUUCGGGGUGGGAGGUGGGUGGGCAUAUCCAAUGUGGGAUUAUCCAGGUGGGAUUAUCAAACUCCCCUGUUGUAGGUGUCAGCACAAGGGAAGUCGGGCAUUGCGUUCCCUGUGCUCCAUGAAUUUAUUGUUUAGUUUUUUUCCCUAAUUCUGUGUGUUUUCUGCCUUUAGAUUGUUUUGUGCUUGUAACUGGUCUGACAAAAAACCCCAAUCCCGGUGCUGGUGGAAGUUUGAGGCCGGGAUGUGUGGAAGGAGGGAGGGAAGGGAGGACUGUGCAGUUUUGUAAGCAGUUAAUUAGUUUCAGUAUGGAAAUAAAGAAUUAUUCCCUGUCAUCCUA